AAGAUAUUGGAGGACCACUGCGGGAAGCGUCAAACCCUUUGUCCCUUGCCGUGCACCUUCGCGAGCUACCUCUGCAUGGAGGUAAUCCGUCGAAUAUUGCAUGGAGCCGUUUUUUUGGGAACCUAUUUUUGGGGCACUUAGAGUGUCUUUGUGCAGACGGUAAUGACAGUUAAGAGAGGAAGCGUUUCUAAGUAGAGGGAUAGGUAGAAAAUGAAGAUUUGAAUUUCUCGCUGUGAGGUAUAGUAGAAUAGUCUAAUAUAACUCCUACACUUCCCUCAUCUGUAGAAAGUUCCAUUUUCGUCGGUAUACAAUCAUCACUGGAGCAAGGUGGAUACCAUCCAGAAGAUACCACUCCCCAGCUAGAAGGUGCCUCUUCUGAUGGUCUUACUACUAUCUCUAAGACAAGAAGGAUCUUUUUGCGAAUGUCAUGGAGGCGCUGGCGCAGUUCCAGGCUUUGAGUAUUAAGGCUUCCGCGCCCUUGUUCUUUUUUUAAUCAUGGGGAAAAGCAAAAGACUUGUCCAAGAUUGAUUUUGGUUUGUUGGAUUUUCGUUUUCUUCUUUUUCUAGUUACGGCAGCUUUACUGAACCUUCUACCAGUACCGGCGAUUCUUCUUUGUAACAGCUGAGCCACCUAUGCAAGAACUAAUCGUAAAACUAGAGAAAAAGAAAGUUUAGUUGAACUAACAUCUUUUUUUUCUAAGUAAUGUUACUGAGUAUAUAACUGCUAUCUUCUACUUUUACUUUUACUGUCAGCUGUCCAGUUCAGAUCUUCUUUGAUCUUUGUCAUGUUCCGCCUACAACAUUUGGGAAGUAUGGUCCUUACACCACGAAGAUGCCUGACGAAUGGGCACAGACACUAUUGCCACUACAUCAAGGAGAGACGCAACGCGGUACAACUAGCUAGCUCUAAUGAUGAAGAGGUCGACAACGAGCCGAAGCUGUAUGGGUACCGCGAAGAGGAUGAC